AUGUCAAGCAUCAUUGAAUUGUUUUGUUAUCUAUCGAAUGUACCAGCUGCAAAACCAUGUCAUCUUAAUAAGUUACUCGAUUUUUUCAAGAUUAGCUCUACGACCGGGAUCAAUGCUACCAAAUUUAUACUUAUCUUUGGUGAAGAAGAAUGUGUAGAAGGUGUGGGUGUGCAAUCAACAGUAGUAAACCCACUACGUUAUUUACCUACAUUUAAUCGUGAUAUUAAAGGUCAAUAUACUGGAUAUCUAACAGUUGGUGAAACAAAGGAGUAUUUUUUCUGGUUUGCUGAAUCUUUAAAUGUUCCAUCUGCCGAUCCUGUUGUAUUGUUCCUUUCUGGUGGACCAGGUUGUAGUUCAUUAUUGGCAUUGUUCACUGAGAAUGGACCAUUCACAGUUCUGAAGGACGACAGACGUCCUGGUGAUGAUCAAUUCUUUGUUGUCGAGAAUCCAUAUUCAUGGAUAAAUGCUGCUAAUAUGCUCUACAUUGAAUCACCAUGUGGAGUUGGUUUCAGUUAUAAUACAGAUGGUAACUACACAAGUGGAGACACUCAGACUGCCGAAGACAACUUGGCUGCUCUCCAAGAAUUCUUUACACUCUUCCCACAAUAUGCAAACAAUGAAUUCUACAUCACUGGUGAGUCGUAUGCCGGACACUACGUUCCUCAGCUUACAGCACUGAUCCUCACCACUCCAUCAUCUGGAAUCAAUAUUAAAGGUAUGAUGGUUGGUAAUCCUUCAUUUAAUUUUACUGUCGAUGCUCAAUUCUAUCCAACAUUUAUGGCAUUCCACGGAUUGCUAAGUUACAACGAUUAUAUGAACAUGUCAAGUAUUUGUAAUGGUGAGUUUUACCCUGGAACAACCGAGUGUCAAGCAAUCCAAAAUCAAUUGUCUGCCAACUUUGAUUUGAUCAAUCCAUACAACAUUUAUGCUCCAUGUGUAGGUCAAGGACCAUCGAGUGGAGGUUCAUGUUUCACCACCAACAUGGCAUUGGCUUCAAACAGUCGUUAUCAUGUCAGAUCGUCGCAAGUCUUUAUUCCAUGUUUGGAUGAGAGUGCUCUCGUUGGUUAUCUCAACCGUCCAGAUGUACAAAAGGCAAUCAAUGUCGAUACCUACAAUAUCCCAAGUGGAAGUUGGCAACCAUGUUCACCAGUACUCAACUACUCUUCGAUUCUUGAAGACAUUCCACAGACUUACCAAACCAUUAUUUCUUAUGGAAUGAAUAUCUUGGUAUACUCUGGUGAUAUAGAUAGUUGUGUUCCAUACUUAGGUACAAGUCAAGCAGUUAAACAACUUGGAUAUCCAGUGUUGGAUGCAUGGCGUCCAUGGAUUGUAGUUGACUCUCAAAACUACAAACAAGUUGCUGGUUAUAUCGUUUCAUAUAACACUGCUUCAAGCAAUUCCAAAGCAAAUCUUUCUUUCGCCACCGUCAAGGGUGCAGGCCAUAUGGUUCCAUUAUACAAACCGGUUGAAGCAUUGGCCUUUGGAUACAAUUAUAGUUGUUAUGAUUCAUCUUUAAGUGGUGGUAUCUACAAUCAAAAUAACAAUAGUAACAACAAUAAUAACAACAAUAAUAAUAACAAUAAUAAUAAAACAAUCGACAAAGAUAAAGAUGAUGAUCAAGAGAAACAAAAAGAUGAAGUAGAGAAACAUAGACGAUCACAACUCAUAUUGAGUUCACGUGAAGUAAAAGACAGUGGUAGAGAUUGGAAUCAAGAGUUUCAAACACUCUUACAAACCUAUGGUAGUUUCAUUAUUAAGGAAAUGUUUAUGCCAAGUCAUUUGAGAACGAUUGCACCCAUCGAUAUUGGAGGUGUUGCAGGUGGUACCAAGUAUAUCUGUCAGAAUAUUCUAUUCAAGUUUGCAUACGAUCAAAAGAUACACGAUCGAUGGCUAUACGGUGGAAGAUAUUCAUCUGACUAUGGUGCAUCUAAAGCUGCUGGUAAUGAAUUAAGAGGAUUAUCAUAUUUCUUUCAAAAUCUAUUGGAUACAGAUUUUGGUGAUAGAAUCAAUGUACCGUUGAUGUGUGUCAUCUCUGGUAUCAAUCCUAAAUUCCUGUAUGGUCCGGGUAACUUGGAGAUUCAUCGAUCAUUGAAGAACAAACGUGAUUACUUUGCAAUUGAUUUCGCAAGAUUAUUACCACCACAAGCAUAUUUCGAUGAAUAUAAUAAACCAUUAUAUCAUAGAGAUGUAUUUUUUAAAUUAUUAAAACCGGAAUUGGUUAGAGGAUAUGAGAGACCGUUGUCUUCGGAUGCUUUCAGUGGUUGGGCUGCUAAUGACCCGAACUAUCAGGAGAACAAUCAGGAUAUUGCCAAUGCAUCGAGUCAUCUGUUGGAGGUGGUAGUUAGAGAAGCUGCCAAUGGACUGGAAGCGAGGUUCAUUGAGAACAGAGACUAUCUGCUGGUUAAUUUCGAUACCGCGGUGGAAGUCCACAAGUUUGUCACCAAUUUACUUGGUUCCCUUAGGAAUCUUACAACACUCAAUUUAGUAACAUCGAAAUUCAGUGACGUAUCACUAAGUUUUGUAAAUGCAUCGAAUAUACCGGAGCAACACUUCCUCAAUCUCGGGAUCAUUUUCCCAAGUCUGACGGAGCUAUCCAUACAACAACCAACCAACUUUACAGACACGUCAUUCAAGAAAGCACUUCAGAAUCUAGCACAACACAAAAUAGAAAAACUCACAUUGGAUGGCUGUACAGAACUAACGGAUUCCUCCAUCAUAGCAUUAUGUAGCACUACCUCCAUAUGUAAAUCGAUGACAAAGAUCUUUUUCAUUGUUCCAAAGAUUGGUGAUUCAUCGAUCAUCAAAAUAGCAGAGACAAACCUCAGAACGAUCAUCUCCUAUUCCUUCAGGUUUGACGCAUCCGAACAAUAUUUUUGUAUUCGAUAUCCACAUAUCAAAUUCAACCUCUAUCCUCAUCCCGAUACUACUUGGUUUAUUACAAUUCAAUCAGAUCAAUAA